AUAGAAAAUUAGAAAUGGUGUCAUCCAAAGGUGAAUUGGGAGAUUAAAAAAUGAAAAUUAAAGGGGAAGGGAUGAGGAUGGAGUGAUUAAAUGGGACUCGUAAUCCAUGCCUGAAGCAAGAUUUUUGGAGAAGAAUCCCAUGGGAGAAGGGGGUAUGGAUAAAGAGUUCAGAGUUCACAGAGAGAGUUAGGGGGAGAUUAGAACAGAUUAAAGAGUGAUAAUAGAAAUAAGCCGAGGAAUUCUGUUCGCUACCAGUGAUUUCCUGCUUGUUAAUCGGUAGGUGUUUAGAAAGGUUUAUAACUAUGUUGUUGGAUCGGCAUGCGGCUAUGCGGGUGAGGAAGGGUUGCUUUGUCGAUGGGUCGCUGGUAGAUUCGCUUCGUUUCUAAGAAAUCGUCAAUCUAUGAACAUAUUUUGAAAGAGGAAACCAGAGUUUUGAUUUUGAGAUUGGGUAAGAAAAACAAAAUCUUCCUGAGGCCACAGGCUCCUUCAAGAUGUUGGAAGGCAGGGCUUGCUUGAUCUCAAGGGCGUUGCCGAGCUCAUGCGAACAAGAAUCCAAGUGGGCAUAUAUGACCCACCACCUUCUUGAGAGAACCUGCAACAAAAGACCCCUAGAUGUUUCAUCUGGAGAUCAAGGAGAUUUUUUGGACAAGGAUAUGGAAAUAAGAACCAAAUCCAUCAAGUUAACAGAAUCCACCACCUCCAAAUCUGACUCCUCAGACUCCAAUAACCUAAUCAGUUCAAUUGGGCGAGACAAUUCGAUUAGCUGCCUCCUUCGAUGCUCGCCCUCUGACUAUGGCUCAUUGGCCUCUGUCAAUCGCGGAUUCCGCUCUUUGAUUAGAAGUGGAGAGCUAUAUCGUCUUCGAAGGAUGCAUGGAAUUGCUGAGCCAUGGGUAUACUUCUCUUGCACCGUUGAAGAAUGGGAGGCGUAUGAUCCUUACCGAGCUCGGUGGAUUAAUUUACCUAAGAUGCCUCAUAAUGAAUGUUUUAUGAGCUCAGAUAAAGAGUCUCUUGCUGUGGGCACUGAGCUUCUUGUCUUUGGGAAGGUUGUUUAUUCCCACAUUGUACUGAGAUAUAGUAUUCUCACAAAUUCAUGGUCUCCUGGAGUUGUGAUGAAUUUACCUCGAUGCUUGUUUGGUUCUGCAAGCUUUGGAGAGAAGGCUAUUUUUGCAGGAGGUUGUGAUGCUCGUGGAGCUAUUUUAAACUCUGCAGAGCUGUAUAGUUCAGAUACAAAAACUUGGACAACACUGCCAAGUAUGAACAGGCCGCGGAAGAUGUGCUCGGGUGUUUUUAUGGAUGGAAAGUUCUAUGUCAUUGGAGGUAUGGCUAGUCAUACUGAGUUGCUUACAUGUGGAGAGGAGUUUGAUAUAGAGAAAGGAACAUGGAGGAUCAUUCCUAAUAUGUCGUUAGGUCUCAAUGGCGCGAGCGGGGCGCCUCCGCUUGUUGCGGUUGUCAAUAAUGAGCUAUAUGCUGCUCAUUAUGGAGAUGAAGAAGUGAGGAAAUAUGAUAAGAAAAACAAUGUAUGGAUCACUUUGGGGAGACUGCCUGAAAGGCCUGCAUCAAUGAAUGGAUGGGGACUUGCAUUCAGGGCAUGUGGGGAACAACUCAUUGUAAUAGGUGGACCGAGGGCAUUGGGUGGCGGGGUGAUUGAGCUUCAUUCAUGGGUUCCUAAAGAUGGGGAGCCGCCUGAAUGGAAGAUGAUCGCAAGGAAGCAAUCGGGGAGCUUUGUCUAUAACUGUGCAGUGAUGAUCUGCUGAUUUAUUGAAUUCUUUCUACAGAUGCGCGAAACAUAUAAAGCAAGAUUGUUAUGCUCAGGACAUUGGAUAAUGGACACUGAUUCUUCUUAAUGGGUAAUCUCUGCCUAUUUUGGAAAUCAAGAUUUAGAAGAACUCUUUCCUCAGUGUAGCUUUUCAACUUCAUUUUUUUUUUUUUUUUUACUUCUUCAUCUCCAUUGGUAAUUUGUGCUCAAAGAAAUUAUUCUGCCCCAGUUUCUUUUAGGAUAGAGGAUUUUGGAGGUCUUGGGAUUAUGCAAUGCAGUGGCAGAUUAAUAAUUCAAUGCAGUUGCUAGUUUCCUUUGACCAUUGAGUUUCCGUUGAAAUUUGCUAUCUUUUAAGAGUUAUCUUAUUUUUAUCGAAUGUCCAUGUUGAGGAAAAUUUAGAGGGCUCUUUAUUUGGUUUCUAUGUUUUGUUUCGCUAAUGAACAUUGUCAUGAUUUUGUUAAAGGUGGGCUUGUUUAUAUAUUCUUUUCCCAUUGAUUCAAAAUCUAAUUAUCCUACCUUUUAACCAUUUA